AUGGAGGAAGAAGUGUCGAAUCUUGUAAACAAUGUUCGAUCUUUAGAAGGAUUUCCAAUUAAUCUGACCGAAAAAGUUUCAUCUGUAACAAGUACAGUAACUUGCAGGGCUGCAGUUGGUCGAAGAUGCAAAAAUCAAGAAAUUAUAUCAAGUUUGGCAAAACAAGCUAUCAUAUUUGCAGGAGUUUUUAAUGCCGGAGAUGUUUUUCCUUCGCUGCAACUACUCGACUCCCUCUUUGGGACGAAAAGGCAAUUGACUAAGUUGCAUAAGAAGAUCGACAAUAUUCUAGAGGACAUAAUCCACGAACACGAGAAGGAUCGACUAAACUUGAGAGGGAAUGAGCCAUUUGAAGAAGAUUUACUCGACGUUUUCCUACGCCUUAAGGAGGAUAAUGAAUUUCAGAUUGUUGUUACCAGAGAGGUCAUCAAAGCCAACAUUUUUGAACUCUUCACCGCUGGAACGGAUACAUCAUCAACUGUAGUAGAAUGGACAAUGGCAGAACUGAUGAAGAAUCCAAGAGUGAUGAGAAAGGCACAAGCAGAAAUGAAUAAAUGUAUGAAGUGCAUGUUCAUCAAUAAAAGAGCAUACAUCAGAAGCACAGAACAAAGUAGUCAUGUCGUAAAUCUUCAAUAA